CGACUCAGCGCCGGCAAAGUGCAUUUAUUUAUACAGCUGCAAGAUAGUUUUGUUUGAUUAAAUUAAUACUGUUAAAGUCAAUAAGUAAUUAAAUUGCAAUGUCCUCAAAUCAAUGGGAAGUUGUUACGAAAUCAAAAAAAGCGAGAAAUUUGGAUAAGAAGGUAGAGGCCCAUUCGGAGAAAAAACGAUUGGCGGCUUUAAGUCCAAAACUGGAGGAAAUUUUACCUUUACAUGAAUAUAGAAGCUUGUUAUCUGGAAAAAGAGGCAAAGAAAACCUAUCGCCCGCGAAGUCAAUCAGUUCUUCCACUAAAUCAAAAUAUUCUCCUAACAAGAAAAAUACUAAACAUUCGAAAGAUAUAAAAAAAGAACAACUACCGCAGCAACAAGUAAAAUCAAAGCCAGCUGUGUCAAAGCCUAAAAACUUAGAGACCGUGCUGCGGAAUAUUACAGCAGAUGAAUUCGAAUGUAAACUCGAGCAAUUAAAAAUUAUUUAUCCUGGUUCUGAACUGCUAUGGCUGAAAGGAGUUGCAAGCUUUUUCAAUGAGCAACUGCCAUUCGAUUGCGAUCCCACAUUUUCAGGGAAAUCAAUUCAUUACCCCAGCAUUUUAGCAAAUCCAGCUCUUAAUGCGGCUGUUGUGGAUUUUUUAGAAUCGGUUGGAGAUGAGAAUUUGUCAUAUUUCUAUCACACUUUACUAAUUAAUAUGACAAUGGAACUUUCCAAAAAUUUGCCUAUUGUGGGCUAUAAGUUCAUACUCCAAUUAAUUGGUCAACAUUGGCCACACAUUGCAUCGAAUAAUAUGGCGAAAAUUGCUUUGCUGCGUAAUUCUUAUCAAAAUAGAAGCAACAUUUGUUUGAGCAUACUGUGGGCUAUUGGGCAAAGCGGUUUUAAGCAGAUAACAGAGGGCAUCAAAGUGUGGCAAAAUUUAAUGUUACCCAAUCUGGAAUUAAAAAGUUACACAAAAUUUGUAACAGAAUAUUUAGAGAAAGUUUUAUCUGCCUCCGGAGAAGCUUGCACAAUAACUUUGAAUCAAUUCGCAUUCUUUUCGUUCUACAAUGCAUUGAAAACAAAUUAUACUAUUCCAAAAGAGAAUCAAGAGACUCUGGCAAAAUGUGCACAUGAAUUUUUGAUCAAGUACAUUUUAUCCAGCAGUAAGCAUGCUAAUAUAUUUCUUACACUUUUCCGUAAUAUUGAAAAUGCAAAAAAGGAUCGUAGUGAGUUGGCGGGCUGUCUGUGUUGCCUUGUUAAUGGUGAAGAUAGUUUUAAAGUAUGGAAAAUGAAUUACAAAAAGCAGUUGUUGCCAUCACUUCUACUUUUCAAAGAAAUAGAACAGCAGCUGGAUAAAACUGAUGAUGAUUUUUUAAGAUUAGUAUGUUCUAAUACAUUCCAUAUAUUCUUAAAAGAAGUUGAAAAGCUGAAUGAAGAGCUAGACUCAGCAAAAAGAAAAGAUCAACAUUUACAUGAUUUGAUUGCUGUUGUAAAAAGUGUUCAAGAGAAGACAACGCAACAAAAGAAAAAGCAAAUAACCAGCGAACAAAAAAAAUGUGGCUGCUGUAAGUGGAUCCUGGGCAGUUUUGUGUUGAUUGUAUUGAUUGCUGGCGUUUUGAUCUACGACACGAAUGUAAAUGGCCAAGGUGUCUUCGAACGCUCUGCUACUGGCAAAGUAUUGAAGAAUGCCGGCGUGUUACCGCAUGUGGAGAAAGUGUGGUACAUGUCGAUGGGAGCUGCGGCACGAGGUUACAAAUGGGCUGAACACCAUGUGCCCCCAUACGCGAAACCUGCAGGCCAGUUGGCGUGUGAUGUUUUCAAAAUGGCGCGUAAUGCUGCCUGUAACUUAUAUGGCGUGCUCUCAGAUCUUGUUGCGUCAAAGUUGCCAGCGGCUGCGAACUUUCUCGAGCAAUACGUUCCCGGCCUGCCCAAAAAAAUCGAAGACACUUCUUUGGUGUUAAAAAAUGUGUGUGUAGAUGCUUUUGGAAAGACAGUGACCUUCUUUAAGACACAGGUUUUCAUCGGAAGCCUUUCACCUGAAAACCUUAGCAAAGUAGUGAAUCAAACUCAGAACGCUGCAAUCGGCUAUUAUAAUCAGUUUCAUAAAAAGGUCGAUACCUAUUCCAAACUGAAAUGAUUUUAAGGGAAAUCUCGAAUACACUGGUCACCAACAUCUCCACCAAAUCAACACAACACCUUCGCUAACAUCAAUGCUAAACACCCAAUAACAAAAAGGAGUGCAUCGCAAAACCACAUCGCCAAUCUGAUUUUUUUUAAAUUAACUUGAACUUUUUGAGUGCUUUUAAAAAUACUUUUUUUUUACUUCCUCAACCGUACACAUAAACAUAUACAUUCAUGGACCGGUUGAGAAGAAUCGAGUACAAUAGCGGAAAUUAACCGUGCUAAGUCUUUUAACUGAGUUCUAAUUUUGAAUUAAAAUUUAGGUAAUUAAGAAAUAACUUGAAAAUUUCACAUUUUUUGUGUUGUUACAAAAAUCAUAAAUUGUUGAAAUUUCCUUUAAACUGAUACUCAACACAAACUCAAAUUCAGUUUUAGAUAAUUUUUUUGGGACAAAAAAUUAAUCAUGUAAUCUUUUUCGUUAGGGUGCUUAAAGUUGUGGCUUACUAUUCCAGUUUGUAUCAAAUUUUAGUCUAUUGAUAUAAAAUAAUAUGCAUUUUUCUUAGUUCAUUUUGUGAAUUGUGAAUGAUAACACAUUUUUUAAAUAAAUAUAUUUAAAAGUUGAAAA